AUGUUGAAAAUAAUUUUUCUAUUAGGAUUAGCAUUAUCAUUCUGCUAUUGCGAAUGUAAUAUCUAUUCAUAUGAUCCAAUUGGUUGUGUUUAAUUAACAACAGAAGAUAAUUGUAAUUAUAUUAUUUCCGAUGAAAGGCAUAUACAAUGAAUUUUUAAAUUAAUGUUAAGAGACUAGGAAUUAAAAUUUAGGUUGCUCAAAUUUUCUUAAUAGCAAUGCUUGUAUUAAUUAAUUAACGUUUGGUGGGGAUGUUGAGACUAAAUGUAGAAUAUUUCUUUAAAUAUAAGGCAUAUUUCAAAAUAGAUGCAGAGAAGCCAAUAAAUUUCAUCUGGAAAAACUAGGUUGCCACAAAUUAUAUUCAAAAUAUGCAUGCUUAAAUGUGUCAAACAAAGAUUGCUUUUGGAAUGGAAAAUGUGAAGAUUCAUCAAAAAUUAUUCUUUCACCUGAUUCUGAAGAAUUAAUAUAUCCCUUCUCUGUCACUCCAUAGUUAUGUGCUAAAUAUUAAAAACAUCCAUGUAAAGAUAUUUAUAAAUUAAGGUAUGAAUAAUGGAAUUAAACGAGAUUAUUUAUGUGUCACAAUAUAUGAAAUUUAAUUUAAAGAAUUAAAAUGUUCUACUUUGGGGUUGAAUGAAAUAGGUUGCAGAUCAAUUUUGACAGAAUAAGAAAUGUGUAAUGUUUUUCCUUUAUAUUUAGGUUUAUUUGAUAAUUAUUAAUGCAAAUAUAUAAAACCUUAUGAAAUAAUAAGUUGCUCUUUAACAUUAAACAAAUUAGCUUGUUUAUCUAUUUCAAAACCUAAUCUAAUGUGUGAAUGGUAAAAAUAAGAAUGCAGAACGUAUGUUAUUAAUGAAAAUAAAUAAUGCCAAGAUAUUUUUAAUGUAAAUAUCUAUGUUUGUGCUAAUUAAGACAGUCUUUGUAUGUUUGAUGUUAAUAAUUUCAGAUGUACAGAAGUAACUUUGAAGUAGUUAGAAGAUUUAGAUUGUAAUACUCCUGGAAUAACAAGACUUACAUGCUUGUCUAUUAAAAAUAAAUAAUGCACUUUUUAUAAAGGAUUUUGUUAAACUUUAUAAGAUAAAGAGUUAAGUGAAUAUCAUUGUUCAAUGUAAUUAAAUUAAGCAGCUUGUAUUAAUAUUACAACUAUAGGCUAAUUUUGUUUAUGGGAUGGUAAAGGAUGUUAAAAUGUUGAAAUAAAUCAAGAUUUAGAUUGUCAUAUGUUUGAUAAAUUUUAAGUAAAUGGUAAUGUUUGCUAAGCAAUAAUAAAACCGAAUUAAAUGUGUAAAUAUAAUGAAAUAACUAAAAUUUGUAUUUAAAGUUCAUCAAAUGAUUACUGUAUAACACCAUAUUUAAAUUUAUUUGGAUGUGUUGGUAUCUUUAGAGAAGGUUAAACUUGUAAAUGGAUAGAUUCAAGUUGUUAAGAGAUUUUGAUAAUACCAUUUGAAACAACUUGCAGCAGCUUAAAAUAUGCAAAUUAUUAAGCAUGUUCUUAAGUCUUUGAAAGUAUUUAGUUAGGUUGUUAUUUUGAUGAAAUUGCAUCGUAAUGUGUAACUUUAUAAAUUAACAACAAUAAUAAUUUAGAAGAUAAAAAAAGAGUUGAUGAAUUCUUAAAAUCAGUGACUUGUGCUAAUAAAUCUUUAGGAUUAAAUAAAACCAUUUGCGGAGCUAUAACUACAGAAAAUAGUUUUUGCAGAUGGUAAUAUUAAAGGUGCAAUUUAGUAGAUAAAGAUGAUAUUGCAAAGCUUCCUUGUAUUGAUUUAAACUUUGCAAAUUAAAACAUUUGUGCUUUAGUAAAAUACAAUAAUGAAUUUUGCAGAUACUUUGAAGAAGAAAAAGGAUGUAUCAAUUAAUUAGAAGGUGAUAUGUUUUGCGAUGAUCCUGGACUUAAUGCAGUUAAUUGUAAAUAAGCUUAAGAAAACUGUUACUUUGAAAAUAAUAAAUGUAAAAGUCUAGGAGAUAUUAAAUUUUAUAUAAGUCUUGCUGACUUAAUCGUUUUACAGAAAUUACAGUGUUUAGCUAACUCUCCUACAAAACUUGUUUGUUUAGAAAUCUUAACUAAAGGUUAAUUAUGUUAAUGGUCAAAUAAAAAUCAAUAAUGUUAUGAAGUUGUUGUGAUUCCAAAUAAGAGAUGUGCUGAUUACUCUUCUUUUUAAGUUAAUGCUAAUGUUUGUGCUUCAAUCAUAAUGGAUAAACCAAAUAAUAUCAUAGAAGGUAAGGAAUAAUCUUUUGAAGAGUAAAAUCCUGGUUAUUGUGAAUAUGAUAGAUUAUUUAAAAUUUGUCAGGUAAAAAAAUCUGUAUGUAAUGAUAAAUGUUGUACAUCAAAUGAAGAAUUAGGAAUAAAUGCUCAUUCAUGUAGUAGAUUUUCCAGUUAAGAACCAGGAGUAUAUUGUUAUUUUAAAGAUCUAAGAUGUUAAGAGCUUACAAAUUUAGAUGUAGAUAUAUCUAAUCCUGAAAGUGUUAAGAUUUACUAUAAUAUAAAUCAAUUCACUUGUUCUCAAAUGAAUAAGAACUCUUGUCAUAUGAUAGAAUGGUCAACUACUUAAACUUGUUAUUAUAAUGGAUUUGCUUGUGUAAAUUUGAACAUGAAAGAUUAAACAAACUUUAUAGAAUUUACUAAACCAUCAUCAAUUUUAAAUAAAAAUGCUUGUUUGGCUAUUGAAGCAAACAAUAGUAUUAAUUAUGCACUUAAAUAUUUUGAGUAUGAUUCAGAACGUAAAAAUUGUAAGCUUUUAAUAUAACCAUAUCCAAAAUACACAAGUUGUGAAAGUGUAAAAGGAAAUUCUAAUAUUUGUUUAGGUCUUACAUAGGAUUUAUAUUGUAAAUGGGAUAGAUUUAAUUUAAAAUGUGUUACAAUAACUAAAGAUUAAUAGUAAGAAAUUAUAAAUUGCAAUUCGUAUCAAAACAAACGAUCUUGUAUAGAAAAUCCAUAUUCAGCUUGUUAAUUUUCUCUUGCUUUAGAUAAAUGUAUUGAUGCACCUUUGGAUCAAGAAUGCUCCUAUUACAAUACAACAGGUUAAAUUAGUCAGAAAACAUGCUCUUUAAUUACUAAACAAGGUUAAAUAUGUGAAUUUCAGAAUAACUAUUGUGUAAGUUCUAAUAAGAUUGUUGAUGGAUGUAAUCUAGAUGGAAUAAACAAAAGAGGUUGUUAUAAAAAUACUAAAGGGUUAUGUAGAUGGGAUGAUGUGUCUGGCUCAUGUUAUGAGAAUAGAACAGCUUUAGAAGAAUUAGAAUGCACAAGUAAUCUUAAUUAAAUUUUAUGUAUGAAAGUGACUAAAUAACCUUGUAUGUGGAAUUAUAGUCAAUUAUAAUGUGUUUAUUUUAAUUAGAUGACUAAUGAUCAAUAUUAAGAAUAAAAUUCUAAUAAUUAAUAUAAUGAAUGGGCUUGCACUCUAAUCAUUGGUGCAGGUUAUACUUUUGAUGCUUAACAUCAUAAAUGUAAAUUAUUAGAAAAUACAUAAAAUUAUGGAUGUUAAGAUAUUUAAAUGAAUAAUUAUGCUUGUUAAUUUUUAACAAAAGGUAAUAAGUGUUAUUUUGAUAAUAAUGAAAUUCCUCCAAAAAAGAAAUGUAAGAUAUUUGAUAUGGAUUAAAGUGUUUGUACAACUAAUAUUGCUAUAAAUAUUGAUGUUUGUAUGGAUAUACCAAAAACAUGUAAAUUUUCAUUGGAAAAUUUGUCUUGCUAAAAAUUAUCUAUAAAGUAAAAUGAUACAUGUUUAGAUCUUUAAGAUUUAUAAAGUAGAGGAGAAUAUGUUAAUAAACUUGGAUGCUCUUCGAUAUCUGAAUUCUUAAACUAAAAUGAUGGGGAAUAUUAAUGUUAUUAGGAUAAAGAAUUUUUGCAAUAAUGUAAUUAUUAAAAAUUUUGUUUUUGGAAUAAUUAUACUUGUAAAGUGAGCAAAUAAUUAACUUAUUAUUUUGAUAGAGAACAUUAUACAUCAACCUAAAUAUCAAAUUGGGUUUUUUAAAUAAAUAAUUGUACUGAUAGCAUUUAAUGCAAUUAAUUUGUAACAAAGAAAGAAUUCCUGGAAGAUAAUGUACUUUUUCCAGGUUUACGUAAUGAUUCAGUAUGUGGUUUAGGAAGGUGUGACUAUACAAAUGAACCAUGUAGUUAACAUAUUGAUUGUGAACCAAUUAAUAUAGAAAACUUAUUAAUUAAUGAUGAUGGAUCAAUUAAACCACCAAUUAUUUAGAAUUAAACUUGCUAAUAAUAUUGUUAAAUGUCUAAUGAUGAAUAUUCUUGCAAAAAUUCUGAUGUUGCUCCUCAGGAAAUUUUAGAACCUGAAAUCUAAUAAGAAUAAUAAUGUUCAGGAAGAUGUAAUGUGACUAAAAGUCUUUGUAAAACAUUUAUAAAUUGUCCACAUUUUUAAUAUCAAAUUAAUCAGACUGUAAUAGAAGAUAAUAAAACUAUCAUUAAAGAAGUUGAUGUUGAGGGGACUUAAUUUUGUAGUGAAUAUAGUUGUUCUCAAUAGGAAGCUAAACUAUGUAACUCAUCUACUGAAUGCUUACCAUUUGUAUAAAAAUCUUGGAAAAUUAAAGAUGCUUUAUGCCAAAAAUAAAAUGUAUAUUCUAAGUCUUCACUCUGUAAAAUUUUUUAUUUUCUUAAAUUAAAAUGUGAAAAAAUAUUAUCUAAAGGGCUUUGCUUAUAAAUGACAAAUUAAAACUGCUUCUUUGAUUUGAAAUAAGGGGGUUGCAUAUAAUUAGAAGGUAAUGAACAUAAAGUUCCUAGUUGUGAUUGCAUAUUAGAUACACGAAAACCUACAAUAUAAUGUGAUUAAUUUUAAAAUAUUUGUAAAUUCAGUGGAUAACCUUUAAACGAAUAUAGAAAUACUUGUUAAAUAGUAUCUUCUAAAUCAAUAAAGUGUAAGAGUGGCAAUCAAUAAAAUGUUGCAGAUACUAAUUGUCAUUCUAUAAAUCAUCAAUAUAAAACUUGUGUAGAAUAGUAAAUAUACUAAACUUCAUACUCAUGUUUAAAUGUUCCUAAUCCAUCAAUAUUUAAUUGUGCUGCAGCUGUAGAUUUUUGUAGAUAUUCAAAUGAGAGGUGUAUAUCUGAUUAAUUAACAUAUCCAUGCGAAAAAUUCGAUAAAAGUUUUAGUAAAUCCUGGUGUGAAUUUUGCAAAUACAAUUAUGAUUUACUGGGAUUCUGUCAACGAGAGUAAAAUCCUCCUCCACUUUUAGCAGAUAAAUCAAAUCAAUAUUACUUAUGUUAUGAAGUAACAUUAUUAACAGCUGAUAAAGAGAAUAAAAAAAUUGCUUGUGGAAUGGUUAAAUAAGCUUGUAGAUAUUCUAUUUAAUGUGAGGAUGCAACUCAUUUUACAUGUGAUAAACUAUUAAAUUUUAUUGUCUCUGAAAAGGCUUGUGUUAGAUGUUAGGGAAUGGCUGUUUAAUAUAAUACUGAGAAGUAAUUUUGUAAUAUUACCGAAGAUUAAAUUUUUUCUUGCAAUCUCUUAAAUUAAUAAGCAUGUUUAUAAAAAACAUAAAAAAUAAUGUGUAAAUGGGAAGAUUAUGAAUGUAAAAUGAUAGAAAGAAUAAUAGGAUCCGAUAAAAGAGAAUGUUCAAUUUAUAAUAGAGAUGCUUGUAUAUAAUUCUAAUAUGAUUGUUGGUUUGAUUUGAAUAUUAAAUAAUGUAUAAAGUUUGAUCCAAAGUUGGGAUCUUGUGAUUUACUUUUAAAUAAAGAUCUUUGUAUGUAUUCAUUAAAAGAAUCUUGUUUAUGGGAUUAAAAUAAUGAAAUUUGUAAUAAAAACGAUCAAGAAAUUACAGGAUGUUAAGGUUUAAAUAAAUUUGGAUGUUUAAAUUAAUCAAUUUUAUUAUGUGUUUGGUCAGAUAUAUAUGGAUGUUAAUUGGCUGAUUUUAAUAAUAAUUCUUAAUCAUGUGAUUCUCCUAUAGGAAAUUCUUAAAAAUCAUACAUUACUCAUUUUAGUAAAAAAGUUUGUUCAUCAAUUAAUAUAAAUUUAAAUUGUUUUUAAGAUAAUUAUUAUCGAUGCAGAUAAACAAUUAUUACAGAUAUAAUUAAAUGUGAUAGUAAUGGAUUAAAUAAAUUUGGUUGUAUAAAUAGAUCAUAUGGAAAAUGUUAGUAUUUAGAUGAACAAAAAGCAUGUAUAGAAAUCUAAAAUGAUUAGAUUGGAUGUAUAGAUUCUUUGAAUAAAGAAGCUUGUAUCUCUUAAAAGUAAACUUGUAAAUUUGAAAAUAAUACUUGUUCUCUUCAUUAAGUGAAUAAAAUUACUGAUAUCAUUAAUUAGAUUGAAAAUUUUCCUUAUUCCAAUAGUGUAUGUAGUUAUUUAGAUAAAUAAAUUUAAUAAAGUUUUCUUUAUAGUUAAGUAUAAAAUAGAUGUAUUGAUGUGUCUAAUAGAAAUCCAUUUAUUGAUAAUUGUUCAAUGGUAGGAAUCAAUCGGUAUGCUUGCUAAUAAAAGACUAUUUUAGCAUGUGAAUAUGAUUCUGAUGAAAACAUUUGUUUAAAAACAGAGUAAUCAAUAUUGAAAACAAUAAAUACUUGUUUUAGUGAUAAAUAUUUGAAUUGGGUCUCUUGCAUUAGUUUAAGUUCCGAAUGUAAAUUUAUUUAAAAUAAAUGCUUACCAAUUGAAUCAAAAGAUAAUUGUUAAUAUCUUUAAGAUUAAUAAAUAAUUGUGAAAAGUUCUAUUUGUGCAACUAGAAAAGAUAAAGGUUGUAAAUUAAACAUUACUUCAAACACUUGUGAGAUUUUGAAUAAAGGAGAUAACUUUUAAUGUACAACUUCUGGUUUGAAUAAAAUUGGCUGUUUAUUUCAAACAAAAGGAUAUCUUUGCAAAUUUUAAUAAGAUCAAUGCGUCUUUGAUUUUCAAGAAUCAGUCUGUGAAGAUUUAAUUAAUGAAGAUAAGUGUUAUUCAAUCAAAACUAAAGGACAAUAUUGUAGAUUUGACUAAAAUAAAGGGUGCUAUUAAAUUGAUAAUUCUAAAAAUGAACUACUUAAAUGUUAGCACUCAUUUAAAACCAAUCCUAUUACAUGUUCAAUUAGUAUAGAUGUACCCUGUUAUUAUGAUAAAUAAAAAAAAAUCUGCAUUGAAUUCCUAGCAAGUAAUUUGAAUUAAGAAACCUUAACAAAUAAUCAAAAUUGGGACAAUAAAAUUUCGUUUAACGCUUUAACAUGCUAAAGAUACAAUAUAAAUAAUUAAUAGGUAUUUUGGAAAUUUUAAGAUGAUUAAAAGAAAUUAGUUAACGAAUGCUAUGAAAUCUCUGAUACAGAUUUAGCCAUAUUAAAAUGCACUAAUUUUUUAAAUAAAUUAGCUUGCAUUAAUCUAUAAACUCCUUUUUAAUAUUGCAAAUAUGAAAAUUUUGUUUGUAAUUCAUAUAGUAUUUAAACUAUUAAAUAAUAACCUUAUUGUUUAAAUUAUAAAUUGGUCAAUACUGGAGCAUUUUGUGAAUUGACAACUGAUGUUCCUUGUGAAUAUAGUGUUACAGAUAAGGAGUGUAAAUAAAUAAUAGUAAAUACGUAAAUAAAAAAUUACUAAAUUUUUUGUGAAUAUAAUCACACUUAUAAACGAGGAUACAAUUAUCAAGCUUGUUAAUUAGAUAAAAAUAAUUGUACUUUUUCUGGAGCUUGUUAUAGGAAUAUAGAUUAAUCAGUAGCUUUUUGUAAAGAUGUAAGUGCAGAAAAGAUUGGACUUUGCAAAGAAAUUAUUACGUAAGGUUGUUCUUAAAUAUAAAAUCGUUGUUUAGCUUUGUAGGAAAGUGAUUAUUAAUCAAUUACGUGUUCAUAAGCAUAAAAUGCUAUAGGAUGUGUUUUAAUUUAAACUUAUGGAUAAACUUGCUAUUAUGAUUAAUACAAAAAGGAAUGUAAGUUCUAAGACUUAUAGAAAGAUUUUAAAUGGAAUUGUUCAGACCUAAAUGAAAUUAAUUCUUAUUUAUUUUGUGAAUAAACGAUAGACAAACCUUGUAAAUAUAAUUUAGACAUGAAAAAAUGUGAUAUUGCAAAUGGAAAUAAUUACGAUUGUAUUCGUGGAUUAAAUAAGCUUGCAUGUUUUAGUUUAACAGAAAAAUCAUAAAAAUGCAAAUUUCUAAAGUAUUGCUAUGGACCGAAUGAUAGAUUAUUGGAAUGUAAUUCUGAUCUUGUCAGUGAUUGUUGUCAAUAGGCAAAAAAUAAAGAGGUCUGCUUAUUUUAAAAGAAAUUUUAAUGUUAAUGGAAUAUGUAAUGUUAUGCUUAUGAAAAAAUUGAAGAGAUUGAAUGUAAUAAAAUUCAUAAUGCUUCAGUGAAUGUUUGUUCCUCAAUCAAAAAUUAAUUUUGUAUAUUCGAUUCAGAAAAUUUUGUUUGUAAAUAAAUUAUUCCUUAAAGUUGUGAUGAAGUUUAAACUUCCUAUCAUUGUAAUUAAAUAAAUGAUUUUCCUUGCGUAUGGGAUGAAAUGUAUGAAGCAUGUAUUUACAAAGAAAAGAACAGUUUAGAUGGAUGUAAAAAAAUUUAAGAAAAAUUUGGUAAUUUGAAAGCAUGUACAAUGAUUGAAGGAUUAGGUUAAAAGUGUAUAUUUGAAAAUAAUUAAUGUUAAACCUUUUAUUAAAAAGAAGGUUUCAAUAAUUGUACUAGUAAUAUUAAUAUUUUUUCUUGUUUAUAAUAAACUGUUAGCUAAUGUGAAUGGGUUAUAAAAACAAUAUAAGUGAAAAAGAGUUAAUAAAAUAAUUACUUUGAAAAUUAGGAAAUUGGUGAAUGCAAAGAAUUCACAUAAUUUGAUACAAGUAAUUGUGAUAUUUUUCUGAGUUUUAAAUCAUGUCUAUCAGUUAGAAAAAUUGGAGCAUUUUGUAUUUGGAAAAAUAAUUAAUGUAAAAGAUUCUAUAUAUCUGAUUAAAUAAGUAAUUAGAAUAAAACACCUUAAUUAGCUUAAAAUGUUAAUCCAAUUGUAUGUGGAUUGUAUUAUGAUGAAAGAUUAAUUUCAUACUCUUAAGAAUCAUAUUCUUGCAUUGAAGUAUUGGAUGUUAAACUUUUAUCAUGUGCUACAUCAAAAUUUGGUUUAAACUCUUUAGCUUGUUUAAAUAUUUAAAAUGAAUUAUGUAAAUGGGAUAAUAUAUAAAAAACUUGUGAAUUAGUCAGAAAAGAAAAUACAAACCUUAAAAUAAGUUGUAAUUUAUCUGGUCUUAGUUCAAGAGCAUGUACAUUAAUUGAAAUAGAUGAAAGUUGUGGAUUUAUUGGUAAUGGUUGUGGUAAAGUUGAUAGUAAUGUUAAUUGCAAACAUUAAGGAUUGAACAAAUUUGGUUGCUUAAAAAUUACAAAUUAUCCAUGUGCUUGGAUUAAGAAUGAAGAAGAUGAAUAUUAUCAUUGUGAUGAUUUUUAACCUUAUGAUUCUUGUAAUGAAAUUAAACUAUAAGUCAAUUCUAUGGUAUGCGCUUUGGUUUAAGUUGAUGCUUGCAUUUAUAAUUAAGAAACUUUUAGUUGUUAGAUUCCUUAAAAUACUUUAUUUAAUUGUGAAACAGAAGGUUUAAAUUACAUUGGAUGUUCUCAAAUUAAAGGAUGUUAUUAUGAGAAUAAUAAGUGUUAGCCUAUUUAAUAAUCCAGUUAUAGUUGCCUCUAAUUUCCUUUAGCUAAUGAAGAUAUUUGUAAAAAUGCUCAAGAUUCAUGUAAAUAUAGCCCAUUAAAUUAUGGGUGUAUUAUUUCAAAAUCAAAUGAAAUUUGUAAAGAACCAGGUUUGAGUCAAUAAGGAUGCAUUUAAUAAAAAAACGAUUGCUAUUGGAAUAAUAAUAAUUGUUAAUGUUUAAGCUUUUUAAAUGUUUUUCCAGAUUGCAAAAAUAUUAUCUCUUCCGAGAAAUGCGAAUAAUUCAUCUAAUGUUAAUAUAAUUAUGAGAUAACACAUAAUUUUAAGGCUAAUUAAUUAAUUAAAAGUUAAAAUUAAGGAAGAUGUGAAAGGAAAUUUUGUAAAGACUUUAAAGUACACUCUUGUAAUAAUAAAUAAUUAUAAAAUGAUUUUUGUUAUUUAGACUAGUAAAAGAAAUGCUAGUAGGCAAAUACUUGUAAUGAUAUUCGAAAUUCAGAAACAAAUUGUUCAAAUCUAAUUGUAAAUGGUAUUCCUUGUGUUGAAAAUCCUAAUUAAUCUACAUGUAGAGCAUUAAUAUGUUCAGAAUUUGAUGAAAAAAUGUGCGAUUAAUUUAAUGUCUAUUGUAUUUAUAAUGAUACUUGUUAAUCUAAAUUAUGUGAAGAUUUAUAUAAUUAAUAAGCUUGUAGGUAUAAUAAAUGUGAAUGGGACAAAUGGAAUUAAAAAUGUAAAAAUAACUUACCUUGUGAAAAAUAUUUAACCAAAUUUGAAUGCCAUUAAAACUCAUAUAAUAAUAUUUAAUGUACUUGGGUAAGUAAUAGCGAAAAGAGUUUUUGCACUAGUAAAGGAUGUAGAUAUUUAAAAAAAGGUUUGGAAUGCGAAAAUGCAAUUAUGAUUAGAAAUGUUUGUGUACGACUUCAUAAUCAAUAAUGUGUUUAAUGUGAAGAAAUUUAAGAUAUAUGUUUAUGUCUAAAUUAAAAUUUUUGUAGCUACAAUCAAAUUUAAAUGAGAUGCGAAUCAAUCAAUUGUAAUUAACAAAAUUAUAACUGUUAAGACUUUAAAUUUUGUUAAUUCAAUGAAAAUAAAAAAGUAUUAUUUAAAUAAUAUUAAGACUUGCUAUUUCAAGUGUGAUAAUCAUAAAAACUAAAUCGAUUGCAAUGGAGAUUCUGUAAAUUGUGAAUGGGAUGUAAAAAAAUAAAGUUGCUUAGAAUUAGUCAUAUAAACUUAACCUCCUCUUGAUCCUCCUAUCAUAACAACUAUUGCUUAUCAUAUUUAUUUGUGUUUCAUAAUUUGGUUGCAUUUGUGA